UCUUCCACCGGGAGCGUCGCGGGCCGCCGCCGGGUGGUAUCCUUUGCGGACGGAGAGGGGAGAGGCCGCGGCGGGGCGGGGGGCGCUGGGAUGCCCCGGUAUUACGAGGACAAGCCGGAGGGCGCUGCGUGCGCCGGCGUGAAGGAGGACCUGGGCGCCUGUCUGCUGCAGUCGGACUGUGUGCUCCAGGAAGGGAAGUCCCCCCGGCAGUGUUUGAAGGAAGGAUACUGCAAGGCUUUGAAAUACUCAUUUUUUGAGUGUAAAAGAUCAAUGCUGGACGCCAGGUCAAGAUUCAGAGGAAGAAAAGGAUAUUGACACCGUUCUGCUGAAACCAAGACAGAAACAGGAUUUUCCCUGAUCACUGGCAGACAAGGCCAACCAGGAGGCGCAGCUUUUGCUGUAUCUGUGGGUUAGAGAGGUCUGCCCUCCGUGUGCUGGGCAGAAUGAAUGAAAAGGUCUGUUUUCCAUGUGUGUGAAGUGACUGUUUUAAGCUAUUUUAGGAGAAUUUGGUUCAACAGCUAUGGACUGUGUUUUUGCAUUUAUUCUAAGGCAAGGAAUGGAAAGACUGCUCUUCUCAAAUCUGACCUUAAAUAUACAGCAUAUACAGCAGGAAGGCCACCGGUGUUACUGACAGCCGGUCACACGGAGCCUGUGCAUUGUUGUUGGGAGAGUUUAGGGUGACACUUUUUUGUGUGUUCAAUCUGUCCUUAGUUCGAAAAUAAACUGGUUUUGAUUUCUUGAA